AUGAUUUGUUGCAGCAAUAAAAAGAGUUAAUAAUAAACUUCAAAAAAAACUAAAAAGAUAAGCAAAAUACUCUCUGUAAAAGAUUUUAAAAUUAUUUUUUCAGGAUUUUAUAGAAGAAAUAAAUGAUGAAGCAAUGACUAUUUAUUAAUCAUAAAACUAACAAAAUCCUUCUAUAAUGCUUUAAUUUUCUGGAGAGCCUUAAACAAUGAAGUAUAAAGUUCUAAAUAUAAAUUUCAGAUCAAGCUCAAAUACAAAAUUUCCUAAAUCAGUUGAAAGAUUAUCUAGUCCUAUUCCUAUAAUCAUAGCAAGAAAAACAUCAUUUAAUAUCUUUAAAUGUGCAAAGACAAACUCAAAUACAUAAUUUUUAUCAACAAAAGGAGGUUUCACAUUAUUAGUAACAAAAACAACUUUAUGA